AUGGGAACUCGAGACGCCUACGCUUACUAUGGCCGACGCUUGAUGCGCAAGGCUCUCCACGCAACUGGAGGGCACGAAGGUGUGCAAGAAACGCUGGAAGGGGAGAUGUCAGUGUCCAACGCGUUGGACAUGCUCUUCGAGAGUGGUCAUCUUCCCACCUCCAAGGUUUCCGAAGGCGGCAAAGACCCCGAAUUCGUGGUGGGGAUCCUUGGGGCCGGGAUUGGGGGCUUGUACGCGGCCUUGAUACUCGACUCCCUCAAGAUCAAGUAUGAGAUAAUCGAAGCUACCGGCCGAAGCGGAGGUCGCCUGUACACCCAUAAGUUCAAGAAGCAAGAUGGGUCCCCCGGAGACGAAUAUGAUUACUACGAUGUCGGGGCGAUGCGGUUUCCUGAUAACGAAGUCAUGAGACGGCUGUUCCAUCUCUUCAACUACGAACCUCUCAACACCGGCGAUUUCCAGCUUCACGCGAAAUUGCGUGAUUACCAUUUCGAGGACCUGAAAAACAACAACCUCUUGUACUUCAAUGACACCCGGCGUAAGCGAGGAGGAACGGGCGGUGAUGACUUCAAGUGGUCCGAUCUUGGUGUCGGGGAGGAAUACCUCAAAGUAGGGGUGACCGAAAUUAUGAAUGACGCGUUCGGACCUUUUGUAGACGCACUCAAGAGGGACAUGGUCGAUGGCGGAUCCGAUGGGUGGGACUUGUUGAUGGAAGUCGACGCCUAUUCGACUCGCGCAUAUCUCAGUACCAAGUACAUCCCCAGCCCCAACUUGGGAAUCCCGCGCGAGCCUCUUGCUACAUCGAUAGUGAACUGGUGCGAGACAUUCAGCAACUCGACAUCCUCGUUUGAUCGCGCGUGGGCAGAGAGCAUCCUCGAGGAACUAUGCUUCAACGCCCCACAGUGGAAGUUAAUUGAUGGCGGCGCGGAGGGUUUGGCAGACCUCUUAGUCAAAUAUCUGGAAACUCGUGGUAAUGGUUGUAUUGCCUUGAAUUCCAGGGUCACCGGCGUCGCGCUUAAUGCGGACCAUUCGCUUGUCGAAGUUUCCAUAGAGGGACAGCCGCCGAAAAGCUACCCGCACGUCAUCUCUACUCUUCCACUCCCAUGCCUCCGCACCAUCGACCUCUCGCAGUGCAAGCUGACACAUCGCCAAACCAAUGCUUUGCGCCAGCUAACAUACGGGCCUUCCAUCAAGGUCGGCAUCAAGUUCAGGACGGCGUGGUGGUCGACGAUGAAGGAUAAAGACGGCAGACCUCUGGACAUCGUUGGCGGGCAGUCGGCAACCGAUCGGCCUUCGCGCACGAUUGUAUAUCCGUCGCAAGGGCUCCCAAAGACUCCAAGCACAGUCCUUAUUGCUAGCUAUUGUUGGACCAGUGAUGCCGAGCGACUUGGGGCGCUCAUCGACACUCGUGCAGAGGGAUACGACAAUCAACUGAAGGAGUUGGUGCUUCGGGACCUUGCCGUCGUGCACAACCUCGACAUCAGUGUCCUCGAAGGCGAGUUCGAAAAUAUGCAUGCCUGGGAUUGGAGUCAAAGCCGUUGGACGAUGGGUGCGUUUGCGUUUUACGGCCCUGGGAUGUUUUCGGAGGCCUAUGAUUCUUUGACGGUGCCCGCCGGCCAAGGUCGUUUGCACUUUGCUGGUGAGGCGCUCAGUGUUCGCCACGCAUGGGUGGUCGGGGCGCUCGAUAGCGCAUGGCGAGCUGUAAAAGAGGCCAUUGUUCUGACCUUUGGCGACCGAAGUCCCCAAUACAAGGAAUUCCACCGCGUCUGGGGCUACAACGAAGAGUGGGUUGAGAAAGACGCUGAGAUCGAACCACUGCAAUCUGCAGUGUUUGGCACUGUUAAGGGUACAGACGAAGAAGGCACUAUCAGCCCCCACGUCGCGUCGCCCAAGAAGGACCUGCUCUUGCAGCAUCUUGCACGCGACGCGAGGAAGCUUUUCGUAUCGGAACAUUGA